AUGGAGCGCUUCCAGCAGCUUUUCAACAUGCAGGGGAGAGGUCAGGGGGGAGGUGCACCGGAUGCACCAGUUGUCGACACAUCAGAAAAGCUUCACAUAUCUUCGUUGGCGCUGCUCAAGAUGCUCAAGCACGGACGAGCUGGCGUGCCGAUGGAGGUGAUGGGGCUGAUGCUGGGGCACUUCGUGGACGACUACACGGUAAACUGCAUCGACGUGUUUGCUAUGCCGCAGUCGGGGACCGGGGUGAGCGUCGAGGCCGUCGACCCGGUGUUCCAGACCAAGAUGCUCGACAUGCUCAAGCAGACGGGGCGGCCGGAGAUGGUUGUGGGAUGGUAUCACUCGCACCCCGGCUUCGGGUGCUGGUUGUCGGGGGUGGACAUCAAUACGCAGCAGAGCUUUGAGCAGCUCAACGCCCGAGCUGUGUCGAUCGUGGUAGAUCCCAUCCAGUCCGUUAAGGGGAAGGUGGUGAUCGAUGCGUUCCGGCUGAUCAACCCGCAACUCAUGAUGCUUGGGCAGGAGCCACGACAGACGACGUCCAACGUGGGACACCUGAACAAGCCGUCCGUACAGGCAUUGAUCCACGGGUUGCAACGACACUACUACAGCAUCGUUAUCGACUACCGCAAGAACGAGCUCGAAGAGCAGAUGCUUAUGAACCUCAACCGAGAGCAGUGGACGCAGGGGUUGGUGAUGAAGCGGUUUGAGGACCACCAGACGUCCAACGAAAAAACGGUAGAGGCGAUGCUCAAGCUCAGCAAGGAGUACAACGAGAGGGUGCAGGAGGAGGAAGGGAAGACGAUGGAUGAGCUGGCGGUGCUCAACGUCGGCAAGGUGGACCCAAAGCGGCACUUGGAGAACGACGUGUCAGAACUGAUGGCGGCCAACAUCGUGCAGUCCUUGGGGGUAAUGCUCGACACUGUCAUCUUUUGAUAUGCUAGAUACAUAAUGUACGUACCUUGUGGCGCGUGAUGAUGGGCGUCGUUUCGACGGACGGACGCCGAGGGGGAGCAUACUGUGGGAAGCGGACGUGUAGAGUUUGUGUCUGGUGCAGUCUGGUGGAUGGCCAUGCUUGACUUAAUUCGCAUUGAACGCAG